GCCCACUCAAUGACCACGCGAGAAAAUGAAAAAAAAAUCUCGUCAUCUUCUUGCUCUCUAGCUACAGCUCGCCCCGAGGUUUCAGCUCCACCGCCGCGAUGAUCUCCCUGCUCCGCCGCGCCCUCGCCUCCUCCUCCUCGCCGCCUGCCGCAGCGCGAUGGCGGAGGUCGCUCCUCGCCGCGCUUCUCUCGCCGCCGGCCGGUCCUCCGGGCCCUACACGCCGCGCGCCCGCGCCGCCGAGGCGGGCGUUCCACGGCUCGCCGUGCCCCCUGGGGUUCAGGUCCACCCUCGCGUCGUGGGCCGGGCCGGGGGAGGGCGUGGGCGUGGAUAAGGGUGAGGAGGGGCUGGAGAUCGCGAAGCUGGGGAUCUCGGCGCGGAUCGUGGAGAGGCUCGCCGCGCGGGGCAUCGCCAGGCUCUUCCCCAUCCAGAGGGCUGUUCUUGAGCCAGCCAUGCAAGGAAAAGACAUGAUUGGCCGCGCUCGAACUGGAACUGGAAAAACCUUGGCUUUUGGUGUUCCUAUCAUGGACAGAAUCCUUAGCUACAAUGAGAAGAAUGGAAGGGGUAGGAAUCCUUUAGCCAUAAUAUUGGCACCGACAAGAGAACUCGCCCGACAGGUUGAGAAGGAAUUUAGAGAAUCUGCUCCCUUGGACACUCUGUGUGUCUAUGGAGGUGUACCCAUCAAUCAACAAAUGAGAGUUCUUAACUAUGGUGUUGACAUUGUGGUUGGAACUCCAGGUCGAGUUAUUGAUCUUUUGAGAAGAGGCGUUUUAAACCUUUCAGAGAUCCAGUUUGUGGUUCUAGAUGAAGCUGAUCAGAUGCUGGCUGUGGGUUUUGAUGAAGAUGUUGAGGUGAUUAUGGAGCAGUUGCCACAGAACCGUCAAAGUAUGCUGUUCUCUGCAACAAUGCCUGGUUGGAUAAGAAAAAUUUCAAACAAGUACUUAAAAGAUCCAGUUGUUAUUGACCUUGUUGGUGACUCAGACCAGAAAUUACCUGAAGGAAUCUCUCUCUAUUCAAUUGCCUCUGACAACUAUGGGAAGCCAUCAAUGCUUGGUCCAUUGAUUAAAGAGCAUGCUAAUGGUGGAAAAUGCAUUGUGUUUACUCAAACUAAGCGAGAAGCAGAUAGAUUGGCAUAUGUUAUGGGAAGGAGUUAUCCAUGUCAGGCACUACACGGGGAUAUUUCACAGAAUCAAAGAGAAAGGACACUCUCAGGAUUUCGUGAUGGUCGCUUUCGUAUCCUUGUGGCAACUGAUGUCGCAGCUCGUGGAUUAGACAUACCCAAUGUUGAUCUAGUGGUACAUUAUGAAAUCCCAAACACCUCCGAGUUAUUCGUUCACAGAUCUGGGCGAACUGCACGAGCUGGGAAGAAAGGCAGUGCAAUUUUGAUGUACACAUAUGAGCAAACUAGAGCUGUAAGGGUCAUUGAGCAAGAUAUUGGAUGCAGGUUCACAGAGCUUCCGAAGAUGCGAGUUGCUGAUGAGGCUGCGGACAUGUUUAAUGUCAUGAGAGAUACUCGCUCUAGAUCAGUUGGAAGCAGAAGAAUGGGCGGGUCCUCUUUCAGCCGUGAAGGUUAUAGUGGCUUCGAAGAUCACCAUUCCCGUGGCUUUGGUAAUUUUAACAGUUUUGGCGGUUCAUCUGAUCGCGGUGGUGGAUCCCGUGACUCUGGCUCAAUCUAUCGCAGUGGGUCUGGGGGUUUUAGACGACCUUCCAGUGACUUUGGCCGGUCUAGCUUCAAUUAUUCUGAUAGAUUUGGUAAAGACUCUGGAGAAGGCGAUUUCAGCAGGCAUGGUAACACUAAAUUUCGGCGCUCCAGGAGCUCAAAUGAUUCAGGCUCUUUGCGUUACAGAAGAGACACUGAUGGUUUUGGCACUUCAGAUUUUAGUAACUCAGGCAACUUUAAGGAUUCCAAGCGAUGAAUGGAUUUGCUUUUGUACAGCUCCGAGCCUUUUUUUUUUCUUUAGUAACACAUGUUUCUUCCAUGAACGAGAACACCAAUGGCACUUUACUGCGCUUGGCCUAAUAGGCAAGUUUUUUUUUCCCCUUUUAUUAGAUGGACAAGUAGUUUGUUUGUAGUAGGGUGGUUCCAAAACUUUUAUAUACAUGCCUACCUGUAUGUUAACGUUA